GACGGCUCUAUCCGAGGACUUGAAGAGAUCCAGCCCCCAUCUGUCAUCGCCUUCGAGUCGUUGACCCUCAUCGUCAUCUGUCUGGUCGCCCUGCUGGGGAACACGCUGGUCGUCGUUGUGGUGCAUCGCAGCAGACGUGUCCAAUCCACGACAAACUAUUUCGUCACGAGCAUCGCCUUCAGCGACGCCUUGCUCGUACUCUUCUCGGCGCCCUUUGUUUGCGCCCAGGUCGUCGUCCAGGAAUGGCCGGCAGGGCGCGUCACGUGCCGCGUGGUCCGGUUCCUGCAGUUCGCUGCCAUGUCCACCACGUCUUUCGUCUUGGUCGCCAUUUGCAUCGAUAGAUUCUACACCGUUAUUUAUCCCCUCACUUUCAAGGUCACGCGAGGGACUGCUAAAAGAAUGAUCGUGUUCGCCUGGGUGGUAUCGAUCCUCAUUUCCAGCCUGUGUAUUUAUUUCUUUGAUCUGGUAGAGGUCAAGGACGGGAGGGAGGUCAAUGCCACGCGCCCUGUUUGCCCCACGUUGAUCCCUGCCAAAAACUGGUCGGGUGUGUUUUAUGCCAUCCUGUGCGUCACCAGCCAAUUUCUCUGUCCGCUUGUAAUGGUCUCCAUCGGGUAUUCCCGAAUUCUGUGGUAUGUAAGGACGGCGCGCAACCGCGCACGGCGUAGCAGACGGUCUGAGAUCCCUGUCCCUAGGACUAAAGUCAAGAUGGUGAAGAUGCUUUUCUCUCUCACCUUCAUAACGCUGAUGUUCUACCUGCCGUACUACGCGACUCAGACGGUUUACUGUUUCUCCUACCGGGACUACUUCAGUGGCGAUGUUUUUAUUGCUUCCUUCUGGAUCAUCUGCGCUUCCGCGGCCGUUAAGCCGGUCAUAUACGCCUGCAAGAACAGUAACUUUUGGCGCGGUUGUCAAGAGGUCCUGUGUAUGUCCACCAUGAGAUGUUACCGCUUGAACACUUACGCAGUCACGAGGGCCUCAACUCUCGGCAAGAGGAACUAUGUUGGCGUCUUGGAUCUGGCCAAGGAGCAGGUCAGCGUCAGCAUAGAGUCGCCCGUCGACGUGUACAACAGGAACAAGUAUCUGGAGACUUCAGGGUGGUCAUUACAAGGUUCUUUGCCAACCACGUCGUUAUAG